CUACACUUAGAUACCUUUUUAGCCGCCAUCUUUACCAACACAAACCACGCAACAAGCUUAAGCCUUGAAAAUCGCCUGCAAUUUUUGGACCUUCACUCUUUUCACGUGGAAGCCUCUUUACAAAAUGACUUAAAGUAAGACAUGCAAUUAUUGACGAUGUCUUUGGUGAAGGCCUUCUGUUGUUUCGGCGUUCUACUCUGUCUAUUGCCGAAAAAUGGUUUGGCGUGUAUGCCGGCCAGUCAACCCUGCACAGGAAACUGUGUGCACGGUGGUUGGUCGGACUGGACGGAGUACACCACGUGCUCGGUAGUGUCAGGGACCGGGAAGCGACUCCGUACCCGAACCUGCACCAACCCGGUCCCCGCCGGCGGGGGGAACGACUGCGACGGCGCCAACUACGAGGUCCUGGAGUGCUCAGGAGAUACCUGUAACGCUGGUGACUAUGAAUGGUCCACGUGGUCGGACUACACAGCCUGUAGUGUGACUUGUGGGUCCAACGGUGUGAUGACCCGGACUCGGACCUGUACCUGCAGCACCACUGGCAAUCCUGCCGACAACGCCACUGAGUCGUGCGGCGGAGACAGCGAGGAACGAACCGACUGUACUGUAACUACGGCCCCGUGCCCUCAACAUGGCGGUUGGUCGUCCUGGUCUAACUGGACCAGCUGUCCGGUGACGUGUGGAGGUGGACAGCUGUGGCGGGAGAGAGAGUGUAAUGACCCGGCACCUGCCAACGGUGGGGACGACUGUACAGGCAACAGCCACGAAACUGCAAACUGCGCCAUAGCGGACUGCCCCAGUAUGACGACAGACAUGGACAGCGCUCUGACGUCACGUGAGAUCAUCAUCCUAUCGACUCUGCUGCCGAUCGUCCUCAUCCUGAUGGUGACGUUAGCGGUGUUCAUCACGCUGUGGCGCGGGGCAAAGAACGCGGCUGCCGUCAGCCCCUCCAUCGGCGUACGGCAGGGGCCUUCUUCUGCCGGGCCAAUACCGCCACAGGCGGCAGGCGGAAGCGAUUAUGUGGACCUAGGUCUGGAACACCAUUUCCGGGAGAAAUACAUGAAAAAGCCACCCGCGUAUUCCCCUUAAAGUUUAAUACCGUGGGGGAAUCUCUCUCUCCCUCUCUCUCUCUUUCUCUCUAUAUCUUUCUAGAUCUCUCAAUCUAAAUUUUAUUCCUCUCUCUUACUCUCUCUCUUUCUCUCAA